CGCGAUUGCGCAGCCAUGGCCGCCGCCCGCGCUCGGGUAGCGCACCUACUGAAGCAGCUGCAGCGCGCAGCAUGUCAGUGUCCAACUCAUUCUCAUACUUACUCCCAAGCUCCUGGGCUUUCACCUUCUGGAAAAACAACAGAUUAUGCCUUUGAGAUGGCUGUUUCAAAUAUUAGAUAUGGAGCAGGAGUUACAAAGGAAGUGGGAAUGGACCUACAGAACAUGGGUGCUAAAAAUGUUUGUUUGAUGACAGACAAGAACCUCUCCCAGCUCCCUCCUGUACGAAUAGUUAUGGAUUCUCUAGUGAAGAAUGGCAUAAACUUUAAGGUUUAUGAUAAUGUGAGGGUGGAACCAACCGAUAGAAGCUUCAUGGAAGCUAUUGAGUUUGCCAAAAAGGGAGCCUUUGAUGCCUACGUUGCUGUGGGUGGUGGCUCCACCAUGGACACCUGUAAAGCCGCUAAUCUGUAUGCAUCCAGCCCUCACUCUGAUUUCCUAGAUUAUGUCAGCGCCCCCAUUGGGAAGGGAAAGCCUGUGUCUGUGCCUCUUAAGCCUCUGAUUGCAGUCCCAACUACUUCAGGAACUGGGAGUGAAACUACCGGAGUUGCCAUUUUUGACUAUGAGCCUUUGAAAGUAAAAAUUGGCAUUGGUUCCCGAGCCAUCAAACCCACGCUGGGACUGAUUGACCCUCUGCACACCCUGCACAUGCCUGACCGGGUGGUCGCCAACAGUGGCUUCGAUGUGCUUUGCCAUGCCCUGGAGUCCUACACUGCCCUUCCCUACCACAUGCGGAGCCCCUGCCCUUCAAAUCCCAUCUCCCGGCCAGCCUACCAGGGCAGCAACCCGAUCAGUGACAUUUGGGCAGUCCACGCACUGCGGAUCGUCGCUAAGUAUCUGAAGAGGGCUGUCAGAAAUCCCGAUGAUCUUGAAGCAAGGUCCAGUAUGCACUUGGCAAGUGCUUUUGCUGGCAUUGGCUUUGGAAAUGCUGGUGUUCAUCUGUGCCAUGGAAUGUCUUACCCGAUUUCAGGCUUAGUGAAGACAUAUAAAGCAAAGGAGUAUAAUGUGGAUCACCCAUUGGUGCCUCAUGGCCUUUCUGUGGUGCUCACCUCCCCAGCGGUGUUCACUUUCACAGCCCAGAUGUUCCCUGAGCGGCACCUGGAGACGGCAGAAAUACUGGGAGCCGACACCCGCACUGCCAGGAUGGCAGAUGCUGGGCCCGUUUUGGCAGACGCACUCCGGAAACUCCUACUCGAUCUGGAUGUGGAUGAUGGCCUAGCUGCCAUUGGCUACUCCAAGGCUGACAUCCCCGCGUUAGUGAAAGGAACGCUGCCCCAGGAAAGGGUCACCAAACUUGCACCACGCCCUCAGUCAGAAGAGGAUCUGUCUGCCCUAUUUGAAGCUUCAAUGAAACUGUAUUAAUUUUCAUUUUCACUGAAAGAAUUGGCUGUGAUAGUUCUGAAAUCAGAAGUUGAUCUAGUCAGAGCUCCACACAUAACUUACCUGUUACCAGUUUGAAUGUGAUAUAAAUGUAUCCUGCAGAAGAUUCCAUGAUGCUCAAAAGUCAAGCUACUUCCAUUAUACAGGUUAGACAAAUGCCCAAAAGUAUUGGACCCUGGUUUGUGUUCCUUCCCUAUAUUCUGAAGACUGUCCCUGCUUCAUGUAUCAAUUGGGUAAAAGCUCAGUAUCAAAAAUAUCAAUGUCCAUAUCCUAUGUGCAGUAAUCCAUGUCUAGAAAUUUAUACUAUAAAAGCACUAUCAUGAAUGGGUAAAGAAAUAUGGCAAAAAUGUUCCUGGCAGCAUUUUUUUCUAACAAAAAAUUUGAAAGAACGUAAAUAUUCAUUAAUAAUAUAUUGGUAAAUAAAUUACAGUAUAGUAAAUAAUAGAGUGCUAUUGUGUUAUUAAUAAGAAUGAAGUAAAAUGAUUGGAAAUAUGUUCAUGAUAUACUGCUAAGUUGGAAAAAAAUAAGUUGCUGAACAAUUAUAUAUUAGUAUGGUUCGGUUUUUAUGUUUUUAAUUACAUGUAAAUAUGUGUUUAUAUAUACAUAGAAAAGAAGGAUGCACAUCAAAAUAUUAAAAGUUAUCACAGGAGAAAUGGAAUUUGAGGUAUAGAGACUUAAGAGAAAAUACUUUAUAUUUUAGACUUUCACUUUUUAUUUUAUAAAUGUCUAUAUUGUUUGGAUUUGUUACAACGAGCAAAGAAGUAAUUUUAAAGGAGGGGGGAGAAAAGAAAGAAAAAUACAUGUUCCUGUGUUAGGUCAGAUUCAUGUUGUUUUAUAAAAAUACUAGGGGCCCGGUGCACGAAAUUCGUGCACUGGGUGUGUGUGUGGGGGAGUGUCCCUCAGCCCAGCCUGCCCCCUCUCACAUACUGGGAGCCCUCCGGCGUUGACCCCCAUCACCCUCCAAUCGCAGGAUCGGCCCCUUGCCCA